AUGGACGUCUCCCAGCUGACAGAUGCGGAACUUCGCGACAAUUUGAGAAGCCACGGAGUGUCAGUGGGACCAAUCGUCGCGUCGACGCGCAAAGUGUACGAAAAGAAGCUAUUGAAGCUGGCUGGAAAUCAAUCAAGUCGGCACAACGAUCCGUCGCAAGUCAACGGACACAUCGAUCAGAAUGAGAAGGACAGAAGCUUCAGCCCAAUGUUCGCCGCCGUCACCGCCGAUACGCCUUCGAAACGGACUACACGUCACAGUGGCGCCGCCGUCACCACACAACAGCCAUCUGGAUCGCCAGCACGGCGUCCGGAUUCAGACACGGAUGACGAUUGCGAGGAGUCGAUGCGCUAUUUGACAGAAGAGGAAAUGGCUGCCGAUCGGGCCGCGUUGCGUGCCGCACAACUUGAUAAUAGGAAGUCGUCGGCGUUUGGGAUGAAGCAGCUGCUCACAAUCCUUCUCGUCGUCAUGGCUGGAACAUUCAUCUACUUCCUCAUCCAGAACGGUGUCGCCGAUUUCAUCGAUCCAUCAUACUUCACGCUGAGCAACAAGACCGACGAUGAUCCUAUUUAA